AUGUCGACAAAAGAAGAUUCCACAAUGAACGCUGCACCGUUACCAUUGUCUCUUGAAGCUGCUGAUAAACAGCAGGAAGUAUCGGAUAAUAUUAGUGAUAUCGCUUUGACCAAAUCGGAUGAAAAGGAAAAGUUUACUGUGAUUGAACCUGCUGUAUUAGUAGUUUUCAUCGCCUCAACGUUGACCGGUGCCGUGUUGAAAAAUCAACAACUCUAUCAAACCUGUGUCAAAGUUUACGGUUACGAUGAAGAACUUUGUGAACCAAUGUUGGGGCUUACGGCAAAAAAUGAGACAGUAACUGAAAUUGAAUCCGAAAUCCAACCAUAUGUGGCCGUAAUUGUUUCGACGAGUUUGGUGAUUAACAGCAUUAUACCUGCAUUUCUAACAUUACUCAGUGGACCCUGGUCGGACAAAUUCGGACGGAGACCCGCUCUUGUGUCGACUUUUACGGCGGUGUUAAUUGGAAAAGUUGUAACAGUAAUUUUAGCAGCUAUAUCUCUUACAACACCUUUUAAUCCAUGGAUUUAUGUUAUAUCAAGUUUACCACUGGCAUUAACUGGUGGCGUCUGCACCAUGAUGACAAUGGUGAUUUGUCUGGUUUCCGAUGUGUCUGACGAUGAAAGUCGAAUUGGACGCAUGUUCUUUGUGGAGGGCGCUAUGGGUCUUGGUACUCUAAUCGGUAAUUUGCUAAGCAGUUAUAUACACGCUGGUACUGGUGCCAUUGGCGUAUUCGCCAUUGGUGCUUGUAUGGAUUUGAUUGCAAUGCUAUAUGUGAUGUUCUUUAUAAGCGAAAGUUUAGAGGUGAAACACCAACGUAAUCAGACACAUUUACGCGAGUUCUUUAAUUUCGAUCUGAUUAAGGCUCAGGUUAAUUGUAUUCUGAAACACAGGCCGGAAUAUAAUUCCGCCAUUAUCUGGUGUAUAAUGUUCAUUUUAAUCUGUAUUACCUUUGUAACGCAGGGCGAAGCGAUGAUAUCUUAUUACUAUCUAAAUACUAAAUUCAAUGUCACAGUUGAAGAGUUCACCACUUUUAAUUAUAUCGGUAUUGGCAUUACGAUGGGUGGAUGCAGUAUUAUGUUAAUAUUGAUGCGAGUGGUAUUCAAAGUACCGCUAACAGUGAUUGCACUGCUGGGCCUGCUCGGCUGCUUCGCUGACAAAUUAAUACAUGUAUUGGCUCAGCGAUUUUGGCAAAUGUAUUUGGCAGCGGUUUGUGGUCUAAUGGCUGGCGUUAAUGCGCCGCUAUUGCAAGCGGUACUUGGAAGUUUGGUGGCACCCAAGGAAAUCGGUAAAAUAUAUGCUGUUAUUGCUGCACUAGAAACACUUUCGCCCUUAGCGUCUAUACCAGCUCUCGCUGCUAUUUACAAUACGACAGCGGAAACAUAUCCUGGCGCCUUCUACAUUGUGGACGGCGGUGUUUAUGCCAUAUGCUUUACGCUGCUAACGAUCAUAUACCUUAUGUAUCGACACAGUACCAAAGCAAUGAGUGCCAUGCAACGAGAGUUGCAUGUUGUUGAAGUCGAAAAGUGAAAAAUAACUGUAUUGAUAAUUACAUAAUUCUAAGUAGAAAACAUGUAAUAUUUAUGAUAAUUUAAAACAACGUUUGCUUUAGUUAAGUU